AUGGCUGCAAACGAGCUGAACGUGUACCUGGGGCCCGAUGCCCUCAGGAAAUACUUUGACCCCGAUUGCCAGCCUCCUCUACCCCUGGUGGAAGUCCCCGAGUACCUGAAUCCCUACCAUCAGGAUGGCGUGCGCAUCUACGCCAAAAUGAUGUCGAUGCAUCCCGCCAACAAUGUCAAGGCAAUGCCUGCAUUGAACAUGCUCCAGAAGAAAGUCGUCCCCGGCAAAACCAAGACCAUCAUCGAGUAUAGUUCCGGGUCGACGGUGAUCUCCAUGUCGAUGAUCGCCCGCGUCAUGCACGGCAUCCACGACACGCGGGCCUUCCUAAGCAACAAGACCAGCGACGCAAAGCUGAAACUGAUGCAGUUUUUCGGCCUGGAUAUCACCCUGUUCGGCGGGCCCAGCCAGCCUGAACCGUUUGACGAUCGCGGCGGGAUCCAGAGUGCCCGGAAGAUGGGCGUGCAGUCCGACGAGGUCCUCAACCCCAACCAGUACGAGAAUCCUGAUAACUGGGGCUCGCAUGUGCGCUGGACGGGCCCGCAGAUUCUCAGGCAGCUUCCCGAGAUCAACGUGCUCUGCGCCGGGAUGGGGACGUCGGGCACCAUGACCGGGCUGGGGACGUUUUUCAAGGAAAACAAGCCGUCUGUGCUGCGGUUGGGGGUGUGCACGGCGCCUGGGGACCGAGUGCCGGGUCCGCGGUCGUUGGCGCUCCUGAAGCCGGUCGAGUUUCCUUGGAAGGAGGCGGUCGAUGCCAUUGAGGAAGUCAAUUCGUACGAUUCCUUCUCGUUGUCGCUGGAACUGUGCAGGGAGGGGAUCGUCUGUGGUCCGUCGUCGGGAUUCAAUCUACAGGGGUUAUUCCAGCUGUUGGAGAAACGCAAGCAGGCCGGGACGCUGGCCGAGCUAGCAGGGCCUGAUGGCUUGGUCCAUUGUGUCUUUAUCUGCUGCGACCUGCCCUACCAGUACAUCGGCGAAUACUUCACCAAAUUGGGGGCGGAGAAGUUCCAUCCCAUCAGGAACGAGAAUCUCAGCCGGGUCGACGUCUACCGCUACGACGAGAGCUGGGAACGAAGCCCCAUCGUCCUCUUCACCCACUUCUACGAGACUCCCCGCUCGCUCCCCGACAGUCUUUUGCGCACCCUGGUGCUCAGACCACCUUGCUGCGUUCUCGAUCUGAGAACGGCGGCGGAUUACUCGACCUGGCAUCUGCCUGGAUCAGUCAACAUUCCCCUCCGCAGCCUGGACUCGCACACUCCAAAGCCAUUCGCGGACCCUCGCGUGCUGGAAGCACAAUGGUUAGAGCUCGAGACCCUUUUCAAAGCCAAAGAGGCUCUGAGCAAGCUCCGUGGCCACCACGUUCUGGUCAUUUGCUACCAUGGUGAUACUGCCCGGGUGGCCACCAGCGUUCUGCGAGCUAAGGGGAUUGAGGCCGAUAGUCUGAGAGGAGGGUAUCAAGCUCUGAGGGAUCAUGGGCUGUGGGGAGAGAAUGAAGUGAGCACAACAAAGUCGCCUAUUUCUGUUGAGAGUGUUCCUUUGCAAGCUCAUCUGAUGAUGGACAUGUCCGCAGACGCAGGCUCUGGCCUCCCAUGGCUGGACCAGCCGGUGAUGCUUCAUUCUUCCAGAAAAGACACCUGCAAAUUGAGUCCGGAGCAGUGCGCUUACCGUCACGGUCACUGGCGAUACUGGUACCAAGCGGAUCAUGUCUACGCCUUGAACACCGUCUACUUCAUGUGUGCGACCAUCGGAGUCUUCGCCAUAACACAUUUCCUCUCCCGGCGUGCUCCUCUGCCUGUGAAGCGCAGUGCCAUCUGGCGGAAGGCGACUGCUGCCAUGCGCUAUCUCUCCUAUCAAGGAUAUCAGAUACCGUCCUUGCGGUACUGGUCACCGUCCCUGGGUGUGAUGCUCCUUGGGCUGGUGGGAUUUGUCUUCUUCUUUGCAAUGACCCUUGGUCCGAAGCCAUACUACUGGCCUAACACGGCUACGGUUUCCUAUGGAUCAAGUCCGCCCAUCGCGACGAGAACGGGGUGGAUGGCGUUGGCUCUUCUUCCUUUUGUGCUGGUACUGGGGACAAAAGCAAAUCUUAUCUCGAUGUUGACAGGUGUACCGCAUGAAAAGCUUCAGGUCUUCCACCACUGGGCCAGCUACGCCAUGUUCGUCCUGGCAUUGAUCCACACCUUCCCCUUCAUCAUCGUCCACAUCGACAAAGGCGAUAUGGUCUACCAGUGGAAGACGUCGCUCACCUACUGGACUGGAGUAGCGGCGCUGAUCCCACAGGCAUAUCUGACCAUCAUGUCCUUGCCAAUUAUCCGCAACCGAUACUACGAGUUCUUCAAAGCGACGCACGUCCUGGUGGCACUUCUCUUCGUUCUCUUCUUCUUCUUCCACUGCGACUUUCGUCUCACAUCCUGGGACUACUUCAUCGCCGCGGGCGCCCUCUACUUCUUCAGUCUCUGCGCCGCAUACAUCCGCACCACCCUCCUCCACGGCCUCCACAAAGCCACCCUCGACGUGCUCCCGUGCGGCCUUGUCCGCAUCAAAAUCCCCACAUUCAUAACCUGGGCUCCAGGCCAACACCUCUUCCUCCUCUUCCUAAACCCAUCCCAGCUAGGCCUGCACUCUCUGACCGCCCACCCCUUCACCAUCACCUCCAUCGCGCACGACGCAGCCUCCCUCGCCAAACCCAACGAACUGGUCUUCUACAUCAAGCCCCGCGGAGGCAUCACAGCCCGGCUGGCCAGCCUCGCCGCGCGGAGCCCCGGUACCGAGAGGACCGUGCUGCUCGAGGGCCCAUACGGCGGCGUAUCCGCCUCCAGCGACCUCGCGAGAUUCGACUCCGUCCUCGUCAUCUCGGGCGGUUCAGGGGGCGGGUUCUCGCUGGGUAUCGUGGACGAGGUGCUCAAGGCCUCGACCCCGGCUCUGCAGAUUAUCUUUGCAACGCGCGACCAGACCAUGGCGGAUUGGUAUGCGGAGGAGAUCGAAACCAGGAUCGCCACUUCCAAUGUCUCCGGCAGAGACGUCUCCGCCUCGGUCUACGUUACCUCCAAUACGGCGUCUAAGCAGCAGGAGCAGGAGCAGGAGCAGCAGCUCGCAGACGGGAACGAGAGCAAACUCCCCUCCACCGAACCGACCGUCACCAGCACGCAUGUCGCCACAACCCACGGCGCCCGUCCGAACCUGCCCGACCUCAUUGCGGCCGGUACUUCCGCAUGCAACAAGCGUGUCGGCAUAUUCGUCUGCGGUCCGGCGAGCAUGCUGCAUGACGUGCGGAACGCGGCUGCGCAGGCGCAGCGGACGGUGCUGGGGAAUGGGGCGGAGGAGGUGUACCUGCACUUGGAGCCUUUUUC